AUGGUCAUUUUAAAUGCAUCCCAUAGAGGUUUUAGGAGCAAGGUCCUGAACAUAUUUGGUCUUGUAGUCCUCCUAGCUAACGUGUACACCUCUUGUCAUGAGGAUGGGAUCUUAUCCACCGAUGGGUCUGGGGAGGAUGGCACUACUAGCAAAGACGGUCAGUUUUAUUUCCACCAGCUUUUAUCCCAAAAUCGUUGCAAUCCUCAACAAAUUGAACCCUAA